GUGCUGAUUGGGCUGGCGAGCCCCGGGCACAGCGGAUGGUGCGGGCUCGGCAGAGGAGACGCGCCAGGGCCACUCGCAGGGGAGCAGACCCCGGGGCGAAGGGGUGAGGAGCAGCUCCCCACCCCGGGGCAGAGGGGCCCGGAGGAGCAGGGCCCCGGUCGGAGGGCCCAGCACGGCACUCAGCAUGACAGAAGAGGCCCCCGCCGCUGCCACCAUGCCGGCGUGCAACGGGAGCGUCCCCCUGGAGGACGGCCCGCUCCAGGUCAUCGAUGGCAUCGAAGAAAUUGCAAAAUCUGUUGGGACAGUCCCGUAUGCAAAUGCAGAAACGAGCCCUGAUACCUCACCUGCAAAGGAAAAUCUGGAGGAAAAUAGGAAUUCAUUGGCAGAGGACAUCACUGCUGAGAAUUCUGCUGGAGAGAAGCAAUGCCAAGAAAAGCGAGAGGAGAACGUUGGGACACUACAGCAGGGACCAGCGGAUAUCCAGGACACAGGGACCAAUGGCCAGGGAUCAGGGGAAGGGCCCCGUGGCACAGCGGGCACGGCCACGGCGGCCGCUCCGGGCAGCGAGGAACCGGAGACCCGGGCGGGCAGCGCCGGCCCCGGAGGGAACGCGGCCGAGGAGGCGGAGGAGGAGGCGGAGGAGGAGGAGGAGGACACGGAAGAGGAUGAAGUUCAGGUGAUUGAAAUCAAGAAGGAGAACAGCGAGGCGUCCCGCCUGCAGCAGCGAGACAGCGCCAAGCAACCAUCGCCCCCCGCCAGCCCCGGCUGCAACUCCGCGCUGGAGAAAGCGGGGCAGCAGCCCAGCCUGGGGAAAAAGAACGACAUCUCCAGACACAGCUAUUCCAGAUACAACACAAUCUCCUACCGGAGGAUCCGUAAAGGAAACACCAAGCAGCGGAUCGACGAGUUUGAGUCCAUGAUGCACCUAUGAACUGAGGGGGGAGUGCUUAACGCACCAAGCCUUUGCUCUGGGCUUGGUUUCAUUUUGCUCCCCCAGAACGUGUCUCUUCAUACAACACAAGGUCACUGCUUUUCUCCUUUUUGUAUAUGAUUUAUAAUACACUGUGAAAAUUUAACAUCUUGGCUUUGACAGGGGCAGAGGCAUCCAUAGCGCAGGAAAAUAAAUAAUCAGUUUGCUAAAUACACACCCGUUGGAUUUUCAGGUUGUCGUCUUGUUUUCUCUCUACCUUUAUAACCGUGUUAACACCAAAGAAGGCUGGAGCCGGCCGGGGCUGCUCUGGGUGCCCAUGUGGAGCUGGCAGUGUGGCAGCCAGGACUCUGCCAGGGCAGGGGGCACACAAGGCACGGCGGCUGGCCUCACCCUUGCUCUGUUUAGUAGUCUGUCUGUCUGUCCCGGUGCUCUGUUUUGCAGUCUGUCUGUCCCAGUGCUCUGUUUUGCACUCUGUCUGUCCCGGUGCUCUGUUUUGCAGUCUGUCUGUCCCGGUGCUCUGUUUUGCACUCUCUCUGUCCUGGUGCUCUGUUUUGCACUCUGUCUGUCUGUCCCAGCGCUCUGUUUUGCAGUCUGUCUGUCCUGGUGUCUGUCUGUCCUGGUGCUCUGUCCCGGUGCUCUGUUUUGCAGUCUGUCUGUCCCAGUGUCUGUCUGUCCUGGUGCUCUGUCCCGGUGCUCUGUUUUGCAGUUUGUCUGUCUCUCCCGGUGCUCUGUUUCGUACUCUGUCUGUCUGUCCCGGUGCUCUGUCCUGGUGCUCUGUUUCGCAGUCUGUCUGUCUGUCCCGGUGCCCUGUUUCGCAGUCUGUCUGUCUGCCCCGGUGUCUGUCUGUCCCGGUGCCCUGUUUCGCACUCUGUCUGUCUGUCCCGGUGCUCUGUUUUGCAGUCUGUCUGUCCUGGUGUCUGUCUGUCCCGGUG